UCGACCCAGUUUUCUAUUCUCUUCUCUAUCAUCUUACUGUGAUAUAUUGAUCAAUCAAACAGUGCUUUUUUCACAGCAACAACUCCUCCUCGGAGUUCGAGACCUAAUUUGAGGACAGAACUCCGUGAAGAAGUGUCAGGUAACUCAUGAAGAUGGUGUGGUAUAUUCUGUGUGGUUUUGCAUUGUUGUUUAUGAACCUGGAGACCUCUCUCGCCGGCGGCAGCAACAACGUCACGUACGAUGGCCGGUCUCUGAUAAUCGACGGUCAGCAUAAGAUUCUCUUCUCCGGUUCCAUUCACUACCCCAGAAGCACUCCUCAGAUGUGGCCAUCUCUGAUAGCCAAAGCCAAAGAAGGGGGAAUAGAUGUGAUACAAACAUACGUGUUUUGGAACCUUCAUGAACCCCAAAAAGGACAGUUUGUUUUCCAUGGAAGACGUGACAUAGUAGCCUUUAUAAAGGAAGUCCACAGACAAGGCCUGUAUGUGUGCCUUAGAAUUGGACCCUUCAUUCAGAGUGAAUGGUCUUAUGGUGGUUUUCCAGUUUGGUUAAGGAACAUUCCGGGCAUUGUUUUCCGGUCUGAUAAUGAACCGUAUAAGGCUGAAAUGCAGAGGUUUACAGCAAAAAUAGUAGACCUAAUGAAAUCAAAUGGACUGUACGCUUCACAAGGCGGACCGAUUAUAUUGUCACAGAUUGAGAACGAGUACCAAAAUGUGGAAGCGGCGUUUCAUGAAAAGGGGCCUCCUUAUGUUCUUUGGGCUGCAUCCAUGGCGGAGGGCCUUCAAACUGGUGUGCCCUGGGUUAUGUGCAAGCAAAAUGAUGCUCCCGGCGCUGUGAUCAAUGCAUGUAAUGGGCUGAAGUGUGGAGAAACCUUUGCUGGCCCAAAUGCCCCUAAUAAGCCAGCAAUUUGGACAGAGGACUGGACAAGCCAAUACCUUGUAUAUGGUGAAGAACCAUACCUCAGAAGAGCUGAAGAUAUUGCAUUUCAUGUUGCACUCUUUAUUGCAAAGAAUAAAGGAAGCUAUGUAAACUACUACAUGUAUCAUGGAGGAACCAAUUUUGGAAGAACAGCUUCCGAGUUUGUGACUACUAGUUAUUACGAUGAAGCUCCUCUUGAUGAGUAUGGUAUACCAAAGGAACCAAAAUGGAGUCAUCUCAAGGAGUUGCAUGCUGCAGUGAAGUUGUCCAUCAGUCCUCUACUUGCUGGAGAACAAACCGUUGUCAAUUUGGGUCAAUUUCAAACAGCCUAUGUCUACAAAGCUCAAUCUGGUGAAUGUGCUGCUUUCUUGGUGAACAAUGGCUCUAAAGAUGCCACUGUCCAAUUUCAGAACUCUCCUUAUCAAUUGUCUCCAAAGUCAAUUAGUAUCUUACCAGACUGUAAAAAUGUGACUUUCAACACUGGAAAGGUAAGCGCACAACAUGCAACAAGAUCAUGGACACCAGCUCAAAAGUUUGAUUCACCUCAGAAUUGGCAAGAGUACAAAGAAGCCAUUCCCACUUAUGAUGACACCUCUCUAAGAGAGAACAUAAUAGUAGACCAAAUGAGAACUACAAAUGAUCGUUCUGAUUAUCUGUGGUACACUUUCAGCUUUCAGCAUGACUCUCCUAAUCCAGAAUCCACAUUAAACGUGCAAACACGCGGACAUAUCUUGCAUUCAUUCGUAAACGGAGUACUCGUAGGAUCUGGACAUGGAGUGCACAGGAAUACAGGUUUUCCCUUGGAGAAUAAGAUUACUCUGAAUAAGGGGAUAAACCAUGUCUCCCUACUAAGUGCAAUGGUUGGACUGCCGGACUCUGGAGCAUAUCUAGAGCGUAGAGAUUAUGGAUUACAGAGUGUGAAGAUUGACGAUAAAGAUUUCGGCACAUAUGCAUGGGGAUACCAGGUCGGGUUGUAUGGAGAGAACUUACAAAUCCAUACAGACACAAGUAAAGUUCAAUGGAACAGAUUAAGCUAUUCAAAACAACCACUGACAUGGUAUAAGAUUUUAUUUGAUGCACCAGCAGGAAAUGACCCUGUUGCAUUAUAUCUUGGUUCCAUGGGAAAGGGUGAAGUUUGGAUCAAUGGUCAAAGCAUUGGUCGAUAUUGGGUCUCCUUCCACACCCCUAAAGGGACUCCUUCACAGACAUGGUACCAUGUACCUCGAUCUUUCCUUAAGCCUACUGGAAACUUGUUAGUUCUCAUUGAAGAAGAAACUGGAGACCCGGUCAAGAUAUCUCUGGACAAAGUAAAUUAUAGUUUACAAUGAAUUUUGGAUGGUUCAUAAGCUUGUCAUUGAACUAUUUGUUUAUCAGUGCAUGAACUAUUGAAAAAAAAAACAAUAAAAAUACUAAUAAUUGAAGAUAUAUCUUACCAAGGCCAUAUAUUAAA